AUGUCUCUGCAAAUACUAGUGGAGCGAAACUACCAGCUGGGAAAGGCGGCAGUCUCUAGCCAGGCUUGUGUUCUGUGGGUAAGGCGGCUUGCAGAGUGCUCGGACAUUGCAGGGAGGACCCAGGACAGCUCUGCUACGGCUGUAUUGCAUGCCCGCUGCUACUCUCAUGGGUCACAAGAAUCAGAUGAAGAAUUUGAUGCUCGCUGGGUGACGUAUUUCAACAAGCCAGACAUCGAUGCCUGGGAGCUCAGGAAAGGCAUAAACACGCUUGUGGGUUAUGACCUGGUUCCGGAACCAAAAAUCAUCGAUGCAGCUCUGAGGGCGUGCAGACGGUUAAAUGACUUUGCCAGUGCUGUCCGCAUCUUAGAAGUUGUAAAGGACAAGGCAGGACCUCACAAGGAAAUCUAUCCUUACGUUAUCCAGGAACUUAGACCAACUUUGAGUGAACUGGGAAUCUCCACUCCAGAGGAACUGGGCCUGGACAAAGCAUAAACCUUCUUGGUAAGGGA